GCCAGUAGUCCCCGGAUGAGGCGUGGCGGGGGGGGGAAGACGACUCUUGGUGUACAAAUACGAGCCCUCAGCCCUCUGGUUAGCACUUGGACUUCGUGUCAUCUCUGAUCUUCCACGGACAUGGCCCUCCUCAAGGUAGUUGUACUGUGCGGGCUGGUGGCGGUGUGCAGCGCCCAACUCGCCCCCGUGCUCAAGGCAGUAGACCCCGAGUACGACCCCAACCCGCAGUACCAGUUCGCCUACAGCGUACAAGACCCCCUGACCGGAGACGCCAAGAGCCAGGAGGAGAGUCGUGAUGGAGACUUUGUCAAGGGUUCCUACAGUCUGGUCGAGCCCGACGGCGCCCUCAGGACAGUACAGUACACUGCUGACCCUGUCAACGGGUUCAACGCCGUCGUGAGUCGCGCCCUGGGUGCCGCCCCUGCCGCCCCCGUCGCUGUCAAGGCCGUCGCUCCUGUCCCCGCUCCCGCCGCACCCGUCGUAGUUAAGGCAGCCCCCGCACCCGCAUACAAGCCAGUCUACUACAACAACCCGGCUUACGCCUACCAGCCUUACCGAUACUCUGGAUACCCCUACUCUGGCUACCCUUACUCUGCCUACCCCUACUCCGGCUACCCCUACUCCGCUUACCCAUACCGUUAUGUAGUUGUACUGUGCGGGCUGGUGGCGGUGUGCAGCGCCCAACUCGCCCCCGUGCUCAAGGCAGUAGACCCCGAGUACGACCCCAACCCGCAGUACCAGUUCGCCUACAGCGUACAAGACCCCCUGACCGGAGACGCCAAGAGCCAGGAGGAGAGUCGUGAUGGAGGCUUUGUCAAGGGUUCCUACAGCCUGGUCGAGCCCGACGGUGCCCUCAGGACAGUACAGUACACUGCUGACCCUGUCAACGGGUUCAACGCAGUCGUCAGUCGCGCCCUGGGUGCCGCCCCUGCCGCCCCCGUCGCUGUCAAGGCUGUCCCCGCACCCGCCUACAAUCCAGUAUACUACAAUAGCCCGGCUUACGCCUACCAGCCUUACGGAUACUCUGGUUACCCUUACUCUGGCUACCCCUACUCUGGCUACCCCUACUCAUACCGUUAUUAAGUUUUGUUAUUCUUUAAAUUGCACUGUCUGCCAAUAAAUUUUCCCUUAAAAAACUCUUCAUUUAUUACCAUGUGGAUUUUACUCAGUAUUAUAUUUUAUUAUUUUACUCAGUA